CUAGCAGUAUUUCGGCGCUCGGCCAUUUUUGUUGCGUCGACGUCAAGUGUGGCCAGAGGCCUUUCAUAGUAGAGAGUCUUCGAAUUUCCUUUGCAUCGAAGUAGCGACAAGCGGAUACUGUAAAUUGUAACAACUUGACUUAAUCGACAAGUUUCGUUCGUAGAUCAGCAAAGAGCGGAAGGAGAGAGGAAAGGAGCGAACAAUUGAAAUUUUUUGCUUGGUGAUUGUCUAGGCGAGAAACAGCUAAAGAGCUUCUGCGGCAGAGCCACGAAAAAUACGCACCGAGGCGGAGUAAUAUGAGUAAUGCAGCCAACCAGAAUGGAUCAGGUCUAGAGCAGCAGUUAGCUGGUCUGGACUUGUCAGGCUCCCGCCAACCAAGUGGGGGCCGCUACGUACCACCACACCUACGAAAUAAAUCCGGAAGUAACGGUCCUUCGGCAGGAGAUCAGCAUUCUUCCAAUUCAAGAUCAUAUUCUGAGAGAGAUCGAGGCGGUGAACGUGAUCGUGAAAGGGAAAGAGAUAGAGACCGUGAUAGGGGCAGAGGUGGUUCAGAUUAUAGGGAGCCGCGAAAUUCUCGCGAUGUCGAUUUUGGAAACUUUGGCAACUAUGGUGGACGUAACAGACGUAGCGGGCCUGAGGAGAAUGGACGAGAUUAUAGAUUCCCCAAUUCCGAGCGCGAUCGACCUCGUGAUCGCCCGGUUAGCUCCGGCAAUGAUAGUUGGUCACAACCACCUAGGAAUAACCGCUGGCCAGAAACAAGAAACGAUCAUAGAAUGGGUAGCGGCGGCGGCGGCGGUGCUGGUAGAUGGAAGGACGAGAGGGAAGGAGGCGGAAGAAGAAAUUCCGAAAUUGACUGGACGAUUCCUACUUCCAGAGACGAGCGACUGGAGGUGGAAUUAUUUGGUACUGGGAAUACUGGUAUUAACUUUAGUAAAUAUGAGGAUAUCCCAGUUGAGGCUACUGGAGACAAUAUACCUCCACACAUCACAUCUUUCGACGAGGUUAAGCUGACGGAGAUAAUAAAGAACAGCAUUACUUUGGCUGGUUAUGAUAAGCCUACACCCGUACAGAAGUAUGCGAUACCGAUCAUCAUUGGACGUCGUGAUGUUAUGGCCUGUGCCCAAACGGGGUCUGGUAAAACAGCGGCCUUUUUAGUGCCAAUAUUGAAUCAGAUUUAUGAAAGUGGGCCACGUCCACCGCCAGCACAUGUCAAUUCUUCUGGCAAGCGCAAACAGUAUCCACUAGGUCUAGUAUUAGCACCUACGAGAGAGCUUGCCACUCAAAUAUAUGACGAAGCAAGGAAAUUUGCGUAUAGAUCACGUAUGCGUCCCGCUGUAGUAUACGGUGGUUCCAAUAUUGUAGACCAAAUGCGAGAACUAGAUCGUGGCUGCCAUCUUCUUGUAGCAACACCUGGCCGUCUCGUAGAUAUGCUGAGCCGGGGUAAAAUUGGUUUACAUAAUUGUCGAUAUUUAGUAUUGGAUGAAGCAGAUCGAAUGUUGGAUAUGGGUUUUGAACCACAAAUAAGACGUAUAGUCUUGCAAGAUACAAUGCCUCCGACUGGGGAACGACAGACACUUAUGUUCUCAGCUACGUUCCCGAAGGAAAUACAGAUGUUAGCUAGGGACUUCCUUAGCAAUUAUGUCUUCUUAGCUGUGGGCCGCGUGGGCUCUACAUCUGAAAAUAUUACUCAGAAGAUUGUAUGGGUAGAAGAACAUGACAAGCGUUCAUAUUUGCUUGAUCUGCUUCAAGCUAGCAACUUUUCAGAUCCUUCUGCUGAAUCUUUAACUCUGGUGUUCGUGGAGACAAAGAAGGGUGCAGAUAUGUUAGACGAGUAUUUGCAUCAGAUGGGAUAUCCGGUUACCAGUAUUCAUGGUGACCGUACCCAGCGCGAACGAGAAGAAGCUUUACGACGCUUCCGUGCUGGUAAAGCGCCAAUACUUGUUGCAACUGCCGUUGCUGCCCGUGGGCUUGAUAUUCCACACGUGAAGCAUGUGAUCAACUUUGAUUUACCAGGCGAUGUUGAAGAAUACGUUCAUCGAAUUGGUCGUACCGGCCGUAUGGGCAAUUUAGGUCUAGCAACAUCGUUUUUCAACAAUAAGAAUCAUAACUUGGUGCGUGAUUUAGUAUCUUUGUUACUUGAGGCUAACCAAGAACUCCCACCGUGGUUGGACGAUAUGUUCAAUGAAGUAAGAUAUUCUGGUGGUGGAUCCCGACGGGCUGGUGGCAGCACUAAAGGACGAUUCAGUGGAGGAUUUGGCGCAAGAGACUACCGCCAACAGCCGAGUUCCGGGCCCGUUCGCAAUAACGGUUCCUCUAAUAGACCCGGCAGUUAUGGAGGGAAUUAUGGAGGAUAUGGCGGCAACUAUAACAGUUCAUCACAUAACAAUUCAGCUAACAACGGAAACAGCAAUGGCACCGAUUGGUGGAUACAGCAUUAACAACUGGGAAGGACAGUGACGCGUGGAAGGCAGUGAUCUCGUUUCGAAAGCAUUCAUGGAGGCAUAGAUGAGGAUUUGUCAGGCACUAGACAAAGAUAUGUAAGAUCCAUCCAAAGUUUCGUUGCCGUGCGUGUUGAGAAACACAAGUAGUCUAAAUCACUAAUGAAUCGAAUCGUUAUUGCCUAGACGAGGGCAGGACGAUGCAACACAUAGUAGGUGGAGGAACUUAGUAAAAUUUUUUAGAACUCCUAUCGAGACUAUGGGGCUCGCUGCAGCUUCAUUAUUUAAAUUUUCGAAGGAUGUUAUAGGCGUAUCUUCGUGUAUACCAUGGCGUCUAAGAAAGAAAUUAAAUAUAGCUUUAAAAUGCACAAGUGCUCUAGUACAACCCGCCUGAAAGGCCAGUAACUUGUGUAGUUUGAUUUAAGCUAAUGGCGCCGUCUUCUUUUUUUGUUUCUUUUUCUUUUUGUUUUGUUAGUUUCUUUUUCUUUAUUAUUGAUAAUUUUUUUUUUAAUGUAACGCACUUAACAAAACUUGACUAGACGCCUGGGAUACGUCAUAUCAUCGCCAUCGCCAUAGAUUUCGCGACGAUUCCUGUUUUUAAAUUUACUAUAAUCCAGCGACGAAUGGUACUUUGUUGUUUUGCCGUCCCCAGAUACAGACGACGACGUUGCGCCGACAAUAUCAUGGUUUAAUCGACUGAAUCGCGGUGAAAUAUUCCACUUCUAGUCGAAGAGCUUUGAUAUUAUGAGAAGGACACAGGCUGCGUCUUAGGAUUACUUUUAGAAAUCUUCGUUCGUAUUUCUGUCUCGCGUCCUCUUAAAUGAUAAGUGAGCUUCAAGGUUCAAGAACACUGUAUAAAACACAAAUGCUCGUUUUUAAAUCUAACUUAAUUGAAAAAUGGUGUGUUGUUUUAAUUUAAAAGAAAAGAAAAAUGAGAAAACUUUGGUCGCUGUAUCUAGAGAGUAGGCUGUGUAACGUUUCCAGCAGAGCGCGUCAGGUAUAUUGUAAUUCGUUGUACCUGAAUCUUUUAAUGUACUCUAAUUAGAAUUUCUAAACGUAACGAAGACGUUGUCCUGUAAAAAAAAAUGGUAUGGUGCGUUAUGAAGAAAAAAAUGAUUAAAAAGAAAGUCUUAGAUCGCAGUUACUGGGUGCGAGUGCUCUACGAACGAAAGCAUGACAUUGUGAACGUAUGACAUCGUGAACGGGUUAGAGAAAAAAAAAUGGUGAACACGGUUGCAGUUACAGACGGGGGUACAAACUUCAAAAGAGAGAGAACGAACACACGUACACUGUUAGUGGAGUUGGUUCAACUUUACAGGAAAGAGAAUUAAAAAAAUGGAAAUAAAACGAACGAAAGAAUAAAAAACUAACGAUGAGAAUUAUACAAAGAAGCAAGCCCUUUGAAACAAGGAGGUGAAAGGCGCACUAAUAUUUUAUAACUGUAUUUAUCAGUACGCUAUAUAUAUAGAUAUAUAUACAUACUAAGUAAUAUUCGUAAAUACAUAAACAUUAAAAUAAUUGAAAAACGACUGUGAUAUCGAACGAUCUUGUGACAUUCAAUUUCCACGCGAAUUGAUGAACAUGAACAAUUUAACGAAAUACAAAUGCUAAAUGUAUUAAUUAAUCGGUAUUGAAUGUCAGGGAAAGCAUAGAAAAGCUCAGUUUUGUUUGAGCCGUGAAGAAAUGGGAAUAUUAAGUCGUUAAAUGCAUGAUGAAGAAACCACGUGGCUGUUGUCCGAUCGGGGAGGGCUGAACGCCUCGGCUCUUAAGUCCUGAAAAAAAGAACACGUUUUUUAGGGCAUUGUUUCUACUUAAAAAAAAAUGAAAAUACGAAAAGAAAGAAGGAAGAAAACAAAGCGAAAAAAAUGAAAGAAUAAUUGUAUCGCGCAUCAAACGGUAUGGAUGAUGAACGGCGGAACGCGUCAUUACUGGAUGAUGAUGAUGUUGGUAGGGCUUUACAGAAUAUCGAUAUCUUUUGUGCAAACGUCGGAUUCUUACCUAAACCUAUGUGAGAAAAAGUACAAAUUCGAUUUGCGUGACAACUGACAGGAUUUUUAGACAUGUCAUAACUUAUACCUGUUAUAUUAAUAGAUUUAUAGUGCAAUCGCGUGCGUGAAUCGUAUGCCGUGUGACCGUGGACCAAGGUGUGAAUGCCCCCCUGCGACAGGGGGGGAGAAAGAAAUAAUGAUUUCAACUAGAACAUUUUCAAAUAGUGUUACGAUGGAAAUAUUGUUGGCUUCCGAACCAUUAAUGGUGUGUGUGGUCUAUCAAAUUCUCUAAAUAUGAUUUCAUCGUCGAGUUCAUUUGUCAACUCGGAGGCCCUGCCAAGAACAUUAACGAGAACCCACAGUGAAGAGUGACUAUAUCGAUCAUUUUUUUCCGUUAUAUAUUUUAUAUAUAGUGUACAACUCCUUUGCGGCAACAGGAUGUUUCAGUUGGACGAUCGAGUUCUGUCGAGAAAAUAGUAGAUCUUGCCGUAAUACUACUACUAUUACUACUACUAUUACUACUACUAUUACUACUACUGUUAGUAUCGCUAUUGCUAUAAUAUUACUCUUAGUUACAAUUAUUACUGUUAUAAUAUUCGUUUUCUGAAUAAUGUCUGCGUUGGUAUAUAGAUGUACACGAAACUUUUGCAUAACGGCUCUGCGUUUUUGUGUUAAUUUACACAGCGAUAGAAAGAGAACGAGUAUUACGGCGGCUAUUGGACACUACUGUCCUGAAUUGUUCCAUAUGUAUAUGUAUAUUUUCACUGUUCUUUACCAAAUUGCGACCGUUCAAGCAAUUCAGUGCGACCAACUUAUACAUACUAGAACUGUAAACAAGCUUCGAACUUGAAACUACGUCAUAUAUUCUUAACGAAAACAAUAUUAUUAAAAAUAUGCUUUGUAUUCAUCGACGAAGCAUGUUUGCUCGGUCUUUUAAAGAUCUGUUUACUACUUCCAGAUUAAUCAAAUUUUUGUCAAACUUGUCAGAUCAUUUAGUUACCAAAAAUCAAAGUUUUGAAAGUUUGAUAAAAAUUCUUAAUAGCAUGUAACCUUGAAGUAGUAAGAAGCAUUCGAAAAUACAAUGCAGUUAAAUCAAUGAGUAGGAAAAUGUUCGCGUAAUGGUUUUCGACAAAAUAAUAAUGAUAUAUCUAAGGAAGGAAAUCACUAAAUUCUUUUAUUUAGCAUUGCUUAGUUGAACUUGGAACUCGGUGCAAAUUGUGUGUGACUGUCAUAGAUAGCCCCUGUGUAUAGACAAUAUAUACAGUCUAAUCUUUACAAUGCUUUUGAAAUUUAACUUUUAAAAUUUGAUAACAACAAUAUAUUGAGAAUUCUGACGGUGCAGUACUCGCAUCACAAAGAAUUAAGAAUUUAGAUUUUGUACUUUGCAUACUGUUAGCAUUACAUAAGAAAAUUUGAAUUGAUUGCACGAUCUGUUUAUUGUUACCAUUUAUAUAAGUCUACAUUCUUCUGCAAAAUAUUGGUUUUCUUUACGUUAUCGAUAAUUGCAAUGUAACAAUCGCAAUAUUAACACUAGAACUAUCGGAGAAAUCAAAAUAAUCCACUUUAGAUUCUUUGUUUUACAUUCAUCGAAGCUCUAAACAAUAUCGAUUCGUUUGUGUUUACAUUAUAAUAAAAAUUACGUCGUAAAUUUUAUUAUAAAACAUGAUUUCUAAUGCUCGAUAAUUCUCCUGUUAAUAUUGGACUUAACUCGAAUACAACCUUUAAUUUAGAUACAUCUUUGCUAUCGGAUGUGUCACCAUUCUCAAAUUUCGAACAAUUCCUAACUUUAUAAACCUGGCCAAGAGUCUACCGCGCGUAUUAAGAAUAUUUGAAUAGUUCAGAAUAUUUAGUAGUGUACGAAGUUCGAGCAUCCGAGCGUUUGCAGUUCUAAGGCACAUUCGUGUUAGAAAACUAUUUGUAAUGACAUUCCGGAUUCUACUGUCCAAUCGAUCGCCAAACGCAACGAAUACAUAUGACGCGUCGAUGUGUAAGUUAUUAGUCCUGUGCAGUUGGAAGAUAAUAUGUUCAUUUACGAGUAACAUGGUGGACAGAGAUCAUGCAAGUAACAUCAACUAAUACGCAAAAAUAUUUUUAUACUUAUUUCUCUCCUAGUUAUAACGAUAUUUUUAUACACAACAGUGUUGGUCGCGUCGAGCAGUCAUGGUGUAUCGAUUCCAUGUAUCUUUUUUUUUUCUUCUAUUUUCCUUGUCGUCCAUUCAACUGUAUCGCAAGAGAAAAUGAUUGUAUUACGAGCGGUUCAGUUGUCGGUACGUGAUUUUUGAAUGUGAAAAACUAGAAAAGAAAAAACGUCGAAAUUUGCGAACUAUAAAGGAAUAUAUAGGUGUCCACCGCGUUUUCGUAGUCGGUAUACGUGUAGAAAUUCAACUACGGCAUUAUGAUUUAGAAAAAGGUAUUAAGCACCUUUAGGCGAGGUAGGCGAACGAUGUAAAGAAAACAAACAAACGAAACUAUUAUUUAUUAAUGUUUUUAAGUAUUUAUUCUAGUUUUUUUCUCUCUCUUUCUGUUAUUUCUCUCGGAAGGACAGUGGUCGCGUAUUUCUACUGUACACACUAAAGUACCUUCGAAUAAUUAUGUUUGGUCCUCUAAGGUAUAUCGGACGAGCAGCCUUAAUAAUAAACAUGUACGAAUCCACACAGAGCGGAACGAUUAGAAGAAGCAGAAAAAAAACAAAGAAAACGAUCAAUUAUAGUGCGAAACGAAGCAAACAAAAAAAAAAUGUAUCGUGAGAGAGAGAGAGAGAGGGGCGAAAAGCAAAUCGUAUAAUGUAGAGAAAAAAAACGAAGGGGGAGGGGAGGGAACGUGAAAAGGGAAAAGAAUUGGUGGUGGCGUUUGACUGUGACUGCAAUCAUUAACUACAAAGCAAAGAAUGCGCAAGUUACGAAAGCACACAUACACACAAGAUAGAAACAUAUUGUAAAUCCAUAUAUUUAUCAUAUACGCAUCACGCAACAGCGUCGGGAUAGAGAGACGGAGCACGCGAAUGCGUCGCCGAAAACACAAUCGUUGUCGCGUGCUGUAGCUAUAUAUAAUAGUUUCCUUUACCUUUAUCUCUUUCUUUUUGUAUUGUAUUGUAUUGUACUGUAUCGUAUCGUAUCGUAUACGUUACGCAUGCUCGAUGAAUUCGAAUAUACUCGUGCGUUCGAUUUGCUCUUGAGAGAGUGAAAGUGUGAGAGGAUGUCGAGGAUUAUGGAGGCAGGCAACGAGAGAGAGAGAGUGACACUUUUCUGAACGCGCUUGUAAGUCGUGUGUCUACUCGAGCAGCUUUUUCUUUAUGUUUCCAAAAAAAGCGUAAAGGUAAAAACAAAGCAAUAUAAUACUCAAGGGAGAACACAUACACACAAAAAAAAGAACGAGCGGUGAGAGGAGAAGCAUCAUCGAGCGAAUUGUAUGCGCGAGUGAAAUACAUGUGGAAGAAACAGACGAAACGAGAGAAACGGAGGAUGAUAGAAGAGCACACGCGUUUAGGGUGGUAACGAAAGUUCGUUAGGCGAAACAAGGCGGGAUGGCAAACGAGAAUAAUGAUAAUGGAGGAAACGAAUAACGAAUGUCUUCGAACUUAUUAACGAAUGUUAUUUCGAGUCGAGUUAGAAAAGAAAAAAAAAGCGUCGCUUGUUGGGUCGAGUGUAACGUGGUCGACGAGGCCCGCAUUUAAAAGAAAACGAUGAACAAAAGAGGAAUUCAAGAAAGACCUUCGAUUGGAAGCGUGUGUCGCACACGCUUCCUGCAAACGAGUCUCAAUGGCUGUGCGCCCAUAUUAUACCACGGCCAAUGACGCUCGUGUAUCAUUCAAUUGUAACUAAUGAUACUACUAUAUACAUACAUAUAUAUAUAUAUAUAUAUAUAAAUAUAUAUAUAUCCGUUUCACUCCGAGCGGUGAGCAAAAUGGCAAAAGCGCGGGAGAAAAAGAUGAGAUAGGCGAUGAGAGAAAGAGCAAUGAAACGGAACGGUGAACGUACCAUUCUGUCGGUCUCUUUAUUAGUAAUUGCACAUUUACACGCUACAUUAGGUGAACUGAGAAAAAAAAAAUGAGAAGUAGGAAAAAAAAUCUGCAAACAACUGUACGUCGUACGGCUAUUGAAUGAAUUAAUAAAAAUAAAGUGUCUGAAAUUGAACAAAAAUAGAAGGAAGUCAACUUAAAACCUUACGCAAUGUGUAUGGUACAUAUAUAUAUAUAUAUAAAAAAAAAGAAAAAAUAUAUAUGCAAGGUAUGUAUAUUUACAUAUGCAGAAUGUGUCACUUGAAACUGGAACUUGAUUUACUGUUUCUAACAAUGCGAGAAGAUUUCUUAAGAAAGAAAAAGUAUUUAUUUUGAGAUAUACUUUCGUUUGACUUCACGGUAAUAAAAUUGAUGCAUCCAUGAAAAUUAAUGGUUUCCGAUUGUGGAUGAUUCUGUUUGAAGAAAACACUGUGAUAACUUUGAAGAAAAAUCUGAAUACGAUAUUUAUGCAGAACAUUUCUUUGAACUCUACAUUUUGUUUUCUUUUGAACUUCUUGGGGAAUCUUAUUGAUGGUACAUAGAAGUUAAAAGACUCGCGCAAGAGCCUAUCCGUUAAGUGGACUGAGUAUUAGGGUUGACGCACCCCUAAUCAGAUUUAUGUUCAUAAUUAUUUAAUGUAUAUUGAUGUAACUAUAUAAAUAACUAAAUAAAAUUGUCAUCACUCAAUGUGUUUCCAAUAUUAGAAAGGUAAAAUUGAUCAUCAUUUACAAAUAAAAUAAAAAAUUAAUAUCAAUCGAGUUGUGUUGCAUUUUUUAAGUUCGUUCGUCCGUCCUGGAUUUGUUAGAACAAGCAUUUGUUCCAGUAUUAAGUGAUCUAUUCUGCAUAUUCGUACAUUCGAUAUGUAUGCAGUUGUCGUUCAUUAGCAGUAAGUUAUGGUCGCAUUGCAAAAUGCAUGUGCAUCUCGUGCCGAGGUAAAAGAACACGUGUUUCCCGUGGAGAAUGAUGUAGAUUGUCAACAUUGUUACAAAUACCUCAUAAGAGACGAUGGGUCUCGUGUAUUAUUUACAUGUUUAUUCAUUUAGUGAUUCAUCCGUUUAUUUAUAGUAUUAUGCAAAACAAAAAUGACAGAAGGAUUCUACAAAGUGAAUCGUCUAAUAAACAAGGGAAAAAGAUUAUGCGAUA